UUGUUUACAAUCACUUAUACAUCAUAGGAAUAAAAAUGGGUAAAAAAGCAAAAAUUGGGAAAAAAAGGAAGGAUAAAUUUUACCACUUAGCCAAAGAGACAGGUUACAGAGCUCGUUCCGCAUUUAAACUUAUUCAGUUAAAUCGAAAGUUUGGCUUCUUACAAGAAUCUAGGGUGUUAAUUGAUCUAUGUGCUGCUCCUGGUGGUUGGCUGCAGGUGGCUUCAAAUUUUAUGCCCAUAUCUAGUGUUAUACUUGGUGUGGAUUUAGUGUCAAUAAAACCAAUAAAGAAUGUCACAACGUUUCAAGCUGAUAUAACAACUGAGCACUGCAGACAGUUAUUAAAAAAAGAAUUAAAAUCUUGGAAAUCUGAUGUUGUUUUAAAUGAUGGUGCACCCAACGUAGGGUCAGCUUGGGUGCAAGAUGCAUUCACACAAGCACAGUUGGCACUCUCUGCUUUAAAACUGGCAUCAGAAUUUCUGAAACCGGGUGGAUGGUUUAUUACAAAGGUCUUCCGUUCUAAAGAUUAUACCGCUUUGUUGUGGGUUUUUCAACAAUUAUUCAAAAAGGUUCAUUCAACAAAACCACAGGCUUCAAGAAGCGAAUCUGCUGAAAUUUUUGUUGUUUGUCAGGGUUAUCUUGCACCAGACAAGUUAGAUGAAAAAUUUUUAGAUCCUAGACAUGUGUUUAAGGAAAUACAACAAGAAUCAAAAAUACGUUUAAACAUAUUAAAACCAGAGAAACAUGUCAGACAACGUGAAGGUUAUCCUGAAAAUAAUAUCACCCUUCAUACUACUAUAACAGCAAAGGAAUUUAUCAAUUCAUCAAAUGCAAUUGAUGUCCUUUCAACAACAAAUAAGAUUGAUAUAAAAGAUGAGGAAAUCACAAACUCUAAAAUCACAACAGAAGAAAUAAAGUUAUGCUGUCAAGAUAUCAAAGUUUUAGGCAAAAAAGAAUUAAAAGCAUUGUUAACUUGGAGGAAAAAGUUAAGAAAGAUUUUAUUGACCGAAAAAGAUAGCAACAAAAUAGAAGAUAGUGAAGCAACAGUAGAGCUAGAAAAAACAGAGGAAGAGAAGGAGGGUGAACUUGACCAGAUGAUCAGUGAUCUUAAAGAAGAAGAAAGCAAGGACUUAAAAAAAAAAAAGAAGAGAAUACGUGAACAAAAGAAGAAACAAAGAGAACGACUUGCUGGUAAAUUAGCUGAUGCAAGCGGAGAUACAGGCGCUACUGAGGAAGAUUUAUUUGCUUUAAGGAAUAUUAAAAACAAACAGGAACUUGAAGUAGUUGAAGAUGAUAAUGCUGAAAAUCUAUAUAUGGAAGAUUCUGAAGAAGAAAUGGAAUUUGAAACUGACGAGGAAAGCGAAAGUGAUGUUGACAGUAGUGAGGAGGAGUAUGUUUACGGUGAUGAUGAGCUAUACAACACACCAUGGAAGAAGCGGAAAAGGGAAGAGAUACAUGUACCAGUUAAAAAAUCUAAGAAGAGUACAGAGCCAAGCAACAAUCCACUACUUGUUGAUAACUUAAGUGAUACAGAAGAAGCGAACGAUGAAACUGCAGUUGCAGUGAAUAAAGCUAAGCAGUGGUUCCAAAAGGAUAUUUUCAAACAUGUAGAAGAAGAGAGUGAGGACGAUAUGAACGACGAUUAUGAUAUUGAAGUCAUGUUAAGGAAUCACAAAAAGAAAGGCGGAACUAUAAUCGAAAAGGAAAAUACCAAAACGAAUGAUGGAGAUAAACAUGGAAGUGAUGGAGAUGACCAUGUUAGUGGAGAUAGCAGCGAUGAAGAUGAUAGUGACAGUGGAGAUGAUUCUGAAGUGGAUGACAGAAGUAUAUCUCAAGGUAGAGCUCAACAAGAAGCUGACAAAGAAGAAAAGAAAAAGGCGACGAAAAAGAAUGGGUUCGAGAUUGCACCCCAAAAUAAUGUACAACUGGGACCUGAAGCUCUAGCUCUAGGAACAGCCAUGGUCACAUCAAGGAAACGCAAACGUGAUAUUAUUGACGAUGCAUAUAAUAGGUAUAGUUUCAAUGACUCGGGUCUACCAUCUUGGUUUGUGGAAGACGAGGCAAAACACACAGUACGUCAUAUCCCUGUAACACGUGACGAAGUCGAUUUUUACAAACAACGUUUAAGAGAAAUAAAUGCUCGACCUAUCAAAAAGGUAAUCGAGGCUAAAGCAAAGAAGAAGUCACAAAUGCUCAAAAAACUCGACCGGGCUAGGAAAAAGGCUCAAGGAAUUCUAGACGCAUCCGACGUUUCAUCACGAGAAAAACAAGACCAGAUAAAAGGAAUAUAUAAAAGAGCUGGCUUGAUCAAAAAGAAAACGCCGGCACCGACAUAUGUGGUAGCGAAGAAAAGCUUGGCUGGUAAGAAAUAUAAACGUCCUGCAAAUGUGAAAGGGACCUACAAAGUUGUCGAUCCUCGUAUGAAAAAAGAUUUGAAAGCAAUGAAAAAUAAAGAGAAGACAAAAGGAAGGAGGAGGAAGAAAUAAAAUGGCGCAUUUUGUAUUGUUGUACAGAAAUACAAUUUUUAAAUCCCA